UUCCGGAAUCUUUCUACCUCUCACAAUCUAAACGGCGCAGCUUCCCCCAACAACAGGAAAAUCAAGAGAGCCGCCGGGAUGGACUCCAGGUCUCUCGGACUUCCCUUUAGCCUGUCCGCUUCAAAAUCGUCGCGCGCAUCGACGUCUGGAUCAGCAUCAUCGUCGUCUUUGUCAUCGUGGGGCUCUAACCGGUCUUACAGCCGGGAAACGCAGUCUCAUCAUGACCGCUUUCCGAGGGCAUCGUCGUACAAAACCGAUGUGGACGUAAUGAGUUCUGGCUUUCGGAGUUCAUCCAGAGACUACGGCACAUCCGACUCCUACAGCAGCAACUGGAAGUUGCGAUCCUCUCUUGCGUUAUCCGGACGAUCUUGUGAAAGCCCGUUGGCGGAACCUGCGGUCGGCAGGAGUAAACUGAAGGACCUGGACGCGAACUACGGCCUUAAUAGCGUGUUUACCAACAUUGAUGACGGUGAGAAUAAGCGGGCCAAGGUGACCUACAGAAACAGAGGGCUGUACCCGACAACGUCCAGCACCUCACUUGCGGGAUCGCUCUACUCUAGUAGUGGGCUUACCAAUGUCCGCGCAGGUGUUACAGAGAAACACAGCGAGCCGCCAGAAUCAUCUUGGAUCUCAAAGCGCUUUCCGCCGCGAUCUUCAGCUUCCGCUUCGAGGCCGUUGGCGUCGUUGCGCCGAGAGUCAGAGACGCGUACUGAGCCCGCUUUGCCGGGGCUGCGGGAAAGACCCACAAGAAUCCACGAACUGACGUCAUCUUUGUAUCAAACUGAGCGUCUGACCUCCGCUUACGCCCAAGGUGCUCGUCCCAAGGAUCCGUCCUACUCCUCUUACGGCCUCACGACCGCCCGGGAAAGCGCCCCAGCUGGUCACGUUGCCGCCCCCCGCUUCUCUGCGUCGCGGGACUACUCAGUCAGACCAUCAUCAACAAGCUUCUCGAACGCCUCGUACGGUCGCACCUCGCCCGAAGAAGUACCCUCCUCCCGCCGAGCGGAAGCCCCGCCACCUCCACGACGCGACUCCGAGGGACGCCGCCUUUUAUCCGCCCUCCUCUUGUCCCGCGCUGGCCGAGACUCUUCGUCAAGCGGGGGUUCUUCGGACAGCGAUGAAGUGGAGAAUGCCAACGAGCCGGACAGAGAGGCUGCCUCCGGCGGGUGGCACGGAGCCCCAGCGAGGAGCGGCGGAAACUCUGGUCCUUCUCUCCCCUCUUGCCUCCAAAGACGAGAAGAGCGCACGCUUCGGCUUCCUCAGCACUUGCUAAGAAGGUGGGACGACCUGGAACGGAGGACGCCUCGGAGUGACGACGACAUCGAAGAGAGACGAGGGGCGGCCGCUUCUGACCGCUCUGAGGAGCCCCGUCCUCGUGAGCCGGAGGAAGACAGGUCCCCUCGAACCAAGGAAAAUUUAGUGGACCUCAUGUUGCGCCGUAGGGUGACGCGGAUUCAAAACGCGGUGGCUGAGAAUUCGCAAGGUUGCGCCGACACCCAGCAGGAGAAGCUCCGCCUUAUUAAGGAGAGACUGCUGCUGGAAGAUUCCGACGAGGACGAAGGAGAUUUAUGCCGAAUCUGCCAGAUGGGAGAGGCAUCAGCGUCCAACCCUUUGAUCCAACCGUGCCGAUGUACUGGAAGUCUGCAGUACGUCCAUCAGGACUGCAUCAAAAGAUGGCUCUGCUCCAAAAUUGGCUCAGGUACGAAUUUGGAGGGCAUCACAAAUUGCGAACUCUGCAAGGAGAAGUUGCGCUUGAACAUCGACAACUUUGACAUCCAGCAGCUCUACAGGACACGCGCACAGUCGGAUUAUGACAACUUCAUCAGCAGUGGUCUCUAUCUGGUGGUCCUGUUGCAGUUUUUUGAGCAGAGGUUCUCCGAUGUCCUGGGGGCCAUCGACGCAGCGGGGUUAUUCAACCUGGUGAGAAUUCUUCCGGAGCAAAUGGAAAACCUUGAAAACGCAGGUCCUCAAGAGGAACCAGAUGGCCGACCUUCUAUCGAUUUCUCCGACCUGGACGACGAUCUCGACGAGGAGUACUAAGGGCGAUCAGCCAUCCCGCUAACAUUAUACAUUUGUUUCAGAUAUGCAAAGUUGAACUGAGUUGCCGUGUUGCUUAACUUUGAUUUUGAUCAUGCGAGUGCACUUAAUUCAAUGACGGAGUAUUGGGGCCGAACAAAAUAAUUGGACAGAUUAAAAACAUAAUGUGAGAUUAAAGUUGCAAUAUUAUGAGAAUACUCGCAAUUUAGCGAGGGGAGGGGGUAGUAAUAUUACAAUAUUAAUGUCAUUUUACGUAACGGUAUAAGAUUUAAAAAAAAAGUUGUUGCAUAACCAUGUAAUAUUGAGUCAUAAUUUGACUUCAGUUACGCUAUUUUCGUAAUAUGACUUUAAUUUCAUACUAUUACAACUUUUUUCCUCAAUAUUAGUUAGUUUUUCAUAGCAUUACAAUGUAUGAGGUUAUUCUUGUAAUAUUGUGAUUUUUAAAUUCUCGUCAUUUUUUUGUUUGGCCCUUCAGCGUCGUUGAAUACAAAGGCAAACACAAGUGCUUUUAUUGUUAAGGAGGCAAAAAGAGGGCGACUCGUGAAUUACGCCUUAUUUUGUGGGGGGUUGUCCAGCUUCUGUUUCCGUUUCAGUGUUGACUUAAUAUUUUAAUGGAUGAACAGUGUUAAUGUGCUUGAUUAUGAAAAUAAAGAUGAGUUUUAAAAAUUAA